CAUCUGCAGCGGUAGACAGUUCCACAACAAACAACAAAACAGCGUGGUCCUACCAGAGCCGGCGUGAUUCGCCUUUUGAUUUGCCUUUCAUUUCCAACUGUUCUAACCUACCAUGCCGAAAUUAGCAGAACUCACCGGUGAUGAAAACUCCGGCGAAAGUUCGCGCACAUUCGUGUUCGAGGACGAGGGCCACACGCUGGGCAAUGUUCUGAAAAGCAUCAUCUGCAAGUACCCUGAUGUGAACUUUUGUGGCUACACCGUCCCGCAUCCGGCCGAGAACAAGAUGCACUUCCGGAUACAGGCCGCCAAAAGUGUUCGUGCAAUCGAUGUGCUGCGGCGUGGGCUGGAAGAUCUUGAGCGGGUAUGUGACCAUACGAUAGACACUUUCGAGGCGGCAGUGGCGAAGUAUCACGAAAAGGAGUCGAAAUAGUCUCUACUGGUUGGCUUUUUAGCGGGUAUCUUUAGCGGAGGAAGCGAAUUGAUGAUUACGCGAGCAAAGUGGAACAUUUAUAUCUGUUUAUUACAUAUUUUACAUUAAAAUAUAGCACCAGGGCAAUCUCCCCAGUUGCUUUGUUUCGGAUUUAAUAAAAACCAUGUAACAAAAAAAGAUUUAUUCAUA